GAUGUGGCUGUGAAGUAAUUCUGUCUUGUGUUCCCCAUCAGUUAGAUAAGUUGGGGCCAGUCCUGGAGAAAAUCAUGAGCUCUUCCUGUGCCCUGCUGGGAAUGAGCCUGGGUCUGGAGACUGAAGCCACCUGCCCGGUCUGCAGUUUAGAUGUCAGUCAAGAUGCCAGUAACCUGUGUCAACGUUUCCAGAAACUGCAGGAUACAGUUAACAACCUUGUAGACUCCACAGAAGGCAAGGACCUGGAACUGCAGACACAGCUGCAAAAACACAUUCUCCAGCUUCAGGGCGAGUGUGAGAGACUCAACACAAUGACCAGCCAACUUCUACAGGAAGACCAACUCCAUCACAGGAACAUUGAG